AUGACAGAGAACGAAGACUUGUUGGCCAAAAUCGGCCAGCUCGCGGGCCAGAUCAACCGACACAAAACUGAGACCACCCAACCUUACCAGCAUUCAUCUCAUCGAUCACAAUAUGUGUCGCGUCAUGCACCCUCUCACCCAAGUUGGGCCCCUUAUUCUCGAGGUAGAGGUCGCGGUCGUCAUGCGGCGCCGCACCGAAAUCGCACACUAGUUUUGAACAAUAAUGGUCAUCCCGGCCACCCAACAAGUAAUAAUUCCUCUCCGGGUCCCGGAAGCGAUAAUGAUGGAGAGUCACGGCCGCCGAUAACCUCGAAUGGCUGGGUUGCAAAGCGCGACCGUCAUAUGCAGCUGAUCAACUCUGCCGUUUACGACAAAGAAGCCCAGGCUAGAACCAAAGCUAUGGAAGAGACUCGAAAACUCAGGGCACAGCGACGCGCUGAGCGGGAACAGACGAAAGUGCUUCAGUAUGCUCAGGCUGCCGGAGCAUCAGUAGCCACGACCGCACAACCUUCCGCUGGUCACCAAAUUCUUGUCAAUGACAUUCCUUUCAAGAUUACCCGUGGAGGUAGCAAAUUGAUUCGCAUCUCAAAUGAUCCGAACACCGCCAACACCACACCAAAGCGAGUUCACAUAGCUGGCGUGGCUUUUGUACGAAGCAAGAAUGGUAACCUUCAUCGUCUUGGAGCCGUAACUUCAAAGAAAAACCCUUCCUCAAUCAAGAAACGUAACGAACUGUGCAAGAGAUUCACCACGACCGGCACAUGCCACAAGGGACCCUCAUGUCUCUUCAUCCACGAUCCAAGCAAAGUAGCCAUCUGCAAGGACUUCCUUCAGACAGGCCAAUGCAGCGCCGGUAUGAGCUGUGAUCUUUCCCACGAGCCCUCACCCCACCGCUCCCCUACAUGUAUGCAUUUUCUUAGAGGCUGGUGUUCCAACCCCGAAUGUCGCUAUGCGCAUAUCCGGGUAACACCUGGCGCCCCCGUCUGCCGUGCCUUCGCCACUCUAGGAUACUGCGAGAAAGGCGAUGCCUGCGAAGAACGCCAUGUGCACGAGUGCCCAGACUACGCCAACAACGGCGCAUGCCACAAGAAGCGCUGCCAGCUGCCGCACGUCGACCGCGCGGGCCAGAUUCGCAAGGCUGCCGCUGCCGCGGCGAAGGCCGAGUCGGCUGAACGCGACGAUGACUCUGACCCAUCUAGCGAGGAAGAGGAGUACGAUGCGAUCGACUCUGAUGACGUCGAUUCGGACGAGUUCGAUGACGUGCCUGAAGAGCUGAUCGAAGGAACGGAUAGCGGCGAGAUGUCCCAGCAGCAGGACUUCAUUCGGUUCUAG